AUGGGUGGGCAUGCUGCCCCGGGACUCAGAGCAACGGUGGGGAGUGAUCUGCGCAGCCUCGGCCCUCCAAGAGAGAGACCGAAGUACGCCGGGGACCGGCCAGGCAGAGUACAGGACAGCACAGAAGUGUCCCAGCCCGAGGGGAAGGCGCGUCCAGGUCGGGGUUGGGGUUCCGAGCAUGCGGGACAGAGCCCGCAAGCCAGGCCUGUGGGGCGGAAACCGACUGGCGCGUCGCGCUCCGCAGGGCCUGCCCGUGCUGCCGGCUCCGAACUCCGGGCGGCGGGCCGGGACGCGACGGCUGCAGCGGCCUCGGCCUCCAGCAGGAGGCGUGGUGAGCUCCCGCCGCCCGUCCCAGCCCCAAGUCAGGAGGGGACCGGAAGGAGCCGCUGGUGCUGCGGGAAGUGGCAGGAGCGGGAGGCGGGGACCUACCUGGAAGCGCCGCGCCGCGCCACUGUGGAGCUUCCUGCGGCUGCGGGCGCUCGAGCAAGUUCGGCGGGAGCCGGGGCGGCCACGCGGGCGGCGACUCCUCGAGUGGCUCAGGGCGGCCAGUCGGCGCUGGAGCCCGUGGGUCGGCGUGGCUUCCCGCCCUACUCCGCGGCGUUGCUGGAGGAGAACCCCGUGGCGGGAGAGGGUGUCCCGGGUCCGUGGGUCAGCGGUUCUCCAGUCCGUGAACGUAGCAAAGCACUGAUUUAUCCCCCUCCAGUGCCCCCUCCCGCCGCCAUGUUGGCUCUAAAGCAAGCUCGCGAGAUGCCAGUGGGUUGGUAUCGCGCGAUUUCCCGACUCUCGCGGGAUCUUGUUGGCAGAGCGGUUGUCCUGGAUGGCGGAGCCCGGGGUUCCGGGGGCCUGGGACCCUCAACUCCUUCCCACCAGGCAAGUUGUCCGGGAGGGGCCGAGCCGGGAGUGCGGAGCUCUGGGCAGCCGCUGGCGCCCCCCCCCGCCCGACGGCCUCGGAAUGCGGGAGCGGUCGGCCCGCUCCUGCCGCCCCCGGCGCCGCCACCUGCCGAGGCGCUCGCCCGGUCGGGCCGCCCCGCAGCCCGCCUCCGCGGCGGUACUGCACCCGGCCCCGCGGUGAGGACCCGCGCCCUUCGGUCGCCGCGGGCGCAGCCUCGCCGUGUCUGA